AGUAGUUUUUGUAUUUUUAUUUCUGUUAUAAGGUGUAUUUAGUUUUAUAUAGGUGUCUGGGUAGAGAACACUUUUUUUGUUUAUUUAUAUUUUUCUGUGGGUCCUCUCUUGACAUUUUAGACCAGGGUCGUAACAAUAUUAAAUGCAUAAACUACUGUCAUAUGGCUCUCCUUAUAAAACUAAAGUCUGUGUGAAAUCAAAAUUUACUAUGUUAAUACAUUGUUAAUCUUUAGGUGAACUAUUAAUCUGUGAAAGUUAAUCCACUGUAAAAAAUUUGUUUUUGUAAUCUUCAGUCAAAGUCAGACCAUUUUCUUUUGUAUUUGGAGUGGUGGUCCUUUUCUGUUGACAUCACUUUGAUGGCUUAUUAUUAAAUGUUUUUAACUCUUUACUUAAAUAGAUUAAGAUCACAAUACUCAUUAGGAUUAGUUUUUGAACUUAAGUGGUUUGUUGCAAUUGGUUUCCUCAAAUGGUUUGAGUUACCUUAACAUUUUGGGGUUUUACAGUGUAUGGAUGCACAAAAAAGCCCUUCUAUUCACAAUAUUCUGUUUUGGUAAAAAGUACAACAUACUGGAAAAGGGUAUAAAUAGGUCAGAGCCAGCUCCAAAUGGGUGGGACUUGAGCUCCAAGUGGGCUCCUGGAGUUUUCAUUUAUUUACUGUCUUGUAAAUGACACGUCCAACCUAUUUUGUUUGUAUACUACAACCCUAAAACUAACCUCACAGUAACUUAGUCCUUCUAAAAGUCUUAGCAAAUUUUGGUUCAUACUGACUUUAAACUUAAUUCAUGCAGUAAUAAUCACUUAAAACAAUAUAUAGUAGCAAAUCUUAAAGCUAUGUAAUUUUUUUGUUAAAACUCUGUUAUUGCUUAUUGACUGGGGAUUAUAUCGAUCUAUUAUGCACACUUGUAUAACAAGGUGAUCCGAAAAGGUUUAAAGGAAUAAAACAUGACUCAGCUUGACAACAGACAGUCGGCAAAAUAAAUCUGAAUUACAGGAAUCCCAACUGUGGCGCUCAUAUAAUCUAAAAACUUAUGUUUUCUUUUAAAAAUUGCUCGUUAUGUUUUAUUUUUAACAAUUUGAACUAGUGACCAUUUUAAUGUAAAAAAAACAUUCAUUAUUGUAUAAUUGCUUAUUGUAUAGUGCUUUAUUUUUUAACAUGACAUUUUGUUUUUAAAAUUAUGCAAAUAGUAAUUUUUCCUUUAAAAAACUGAUCAAUUUCUGAUUAAAGGAGUUCACCAAAAUGUUUGAAUUCUGUCAUCAUUUUCUUUUACUCCACCUCAAAACCCAUUUGUUUCUUUCUUCUGAGUACAGAAAUAUAAACUGAGGAAUGCGGGGAAAAAGCAGCCAUCACAAAUGUUUAAACGUAGAAGACCAGAUUUACAUGUGAAAUUUUAUUGUUUGAAAAUAAAUCACCUAUUAAAGUCUGCCAAAUACAACCUGAAUAUUCUUAAAAUACUUUCUAAAACUUAACAUAAUAAUAAAAAGCAUUGCAAAUCAGACAGGCAUUUUUUCUUUUCUUUAUCUCUCCACAGAUGUUAUUUACAUCCCUCUGUUUAAAUGCUUUUGUUCUCUGGUCUUUGGGUGAUGAUAAGAGGCAUAAUUCUCCAAAUGAGCAACCUCUUCAAACACACACUUUCAGAUUUUCGCACAACCCUGCAUACAGCCGUUUUGAAGUUAGGGAUGCUGCCAUGGCGACCAGGAAACAUCGUGAACGGGAGGGAGUCUCUCUCUCACACACACUGCUUUACUAUAAGAAAUAAACACUGAAUAAAAAUCAGCACAACCGCAGAUAACAGGCCAGAUGAACUCACAGAUUUUCUCCAGGUGAUCAACUGAAAAGUAGGGUUGCUUUGUGUGUGUUAAUGUGAUUAAUUUAAGGUCAUGGCAUCCACCGGUGUCACUAGUCACCUGCCUCCAGUCAAGAGUGUGAUGGUCUAUAGAAAUGGAGACCCCUUCUUUUCAGGAAGGAGAUUUGUGGUAAACCAGAGGCAGAUCGCCACCAUGGAUGCAUUACUUAAUGACAUCACUCUCAAUAUCGGAGCUCCGCUAGCCGUUCGAACUCUCUAUACACCGCGAUACGGCCACCGGGUCGCAGAUCUUGGUGACCUACAGCAGGGGGCGCAGUAUGUGGCUGCGGGGUCUGAACGCUUUAAGAAACUAGAUUAUCUGAGCGCAGGACUGAAGAAAGCUGUUGAACCAACCCAGUCUAAAACACUUGCCAGGCCUAACGUGUCUGCGAAAUGGAGAAAGGUCAUCACUCUUCCUUGCAUCAUUCAUGUGUUUAGAAACGGGGACAUCCUCAGUCCUGCCAUGCGUCUGAUCAUUCCUCGACACAUGCUGAAAAAUCUCGAGCAGAUCCUGAGCCUCAUUUCAGAAAAAGCCAUGCUUCGUACUGGAGCUGUGCGCAGGAUCUGUACUCUGGAGGGCUUCACGGUGACCUCCGCAGAGGAGCUGGAGACUGGGCAAUGCUAUGUUGCUGUGGGAUCAGAAAGAUUCAAGAAACUCCCAUAUGUGGAGAUAUUGCUGAAUAAAGCAACAGGCAGCAGUGCCGACAGACAUUAUGCAGGAGACAGAGGAUUGCACAGAAGAAUUGAGAGUAGAAAGAUGUUUCCCCAGGACACUCACAGUGACUCUACUCUCCUCAAUUCUCCAGAGAGGGAAGGAAGACGUGUGAAGUCCACUGGAGACGAUGCGGAGCGGGAGAGUUCCCCUCAGCCAGUGAAGAGGAGAGGAAGAAGAGCAGAACGAGAGGGGGAGAACUCUGUUUUCUAUGCCAGACCUGUGAGAGUCCGCAGGCAACAACCUGUACACAGACCAACACCUAAAGUCAUAACAGAGCCCAGUGUGUUCAAGGCAUCUGAGAGCACAAUGAGGGAGGAAGUUCGAGGUGCUGAGGAGGUCACCGAGGAUGAAAACACAGCUGUGGAGCUUCCUGUUGACCAGAGAGAAGCAGAAAUUGUGGAGGAUGAGGAGCUCCCUGAAAGAGAAUUUGCUGCAUCUGAGAUACAGACAUGGGAUGACACGUCAGCUCCACAGAGAGAAACACCACAGGAACACACACCUCCGCAUGAGACAAACAAAUAUGAGAGCGAGUCACACCAUUCCAGAUCAUCAUCGUCAUCAUCUCUCCGUCUUUCCCCACGACAUGAAGAAACACAGCAGGAGCCUAUUAGGAGAUCCCAUGAUGAACAAACACACAGAGAUGCUGAUUCACCUCGUCAGGCUGCUGAAGAUGCACAAGAUUGAGGCAAUCCACACACAUUCUCUGAACAUGGACAUGGCUGUCAAAUGAACAUCAUAUUGGUGAACAAUGCCUUUCAAAUAAUGUACCCUGACCUCACAGCAUGCAGACAUCCACCGAGACGUAUGCUUCUUAUCAUUUUUAUUCCUUCCGUUUCAAAAAAUAUGACAUCUGAUUGUAAAAGACAAUUCAAAUAAAAGUAUCCAACACAGA